GGCCCCUCCCCGCCCCGCCCGCGCCGCGCAGGGCAGGGCAGUGCCGGCAGAGCGCGGAGCGAGGGGCGCCGCCAUGGGCUGCACGGUGAGCGCCGAGGACAAGGCGGCCGCCGAGCGCUCCCGCAUGAUCGACCGCAACCUGCGGGAGGACGGCGAGAAGGCGGCCAGGGAGGUGAAGCUGCUGCUGCUGGGUGCUGGGGAGUCCGGGAAGAGCACCAUCGUCAAACAGAUGAAGAUCAUCCAUGAGGAUGGCUACUCGGAGGAGGAGUGCAGGCAGUACAAAGCCGUGGUCUACAGCAACACCAUCCAGUCCAUCAUGGCCAUCAUCAAGGCUAUGGGAAACCUGCAGAUCGACUUUGGGGACUCCUCCAGAGCGGAUGAUGCCCGCCAGCUCUUUGCUCUCGCCUGCACUGCAGAGGAGCAGGGCAUCAUGCCUGAAGACCUCGCCAACGUCAUCCGCAGGCUGUGGGCUGACCAUGGGGUCCAGGCCUGCUUCAAUCGCUCCCGUGAAUACCAGCUGAAUGACUCUGCUGCCUACUACCUGAAUGACCUGGAGAGGAUAGCGCGGGCCGACUACAUCCCCACGCAGCAGGACGUGCUGCGCACCCGGGUGAAGACCACCGGCAUCGUGGAGACCCACUUCACCUUCAAGGACCUGCAUUUCAAGAUGUUCGAUGUGGGCGGCCAGCGCUCGGAGCGGAAGAAGUGGAUCCACUGCUUCGAGGGGGUGACGGCAAUCAUUUUCUGUGUGGCCCUGAGCGCCUAUGACCUGGUGCUGGCAGAAGAUGAGGAGAUGAACCGGAUGCACGAGAGCAUGAAGCUGUUCGACAGCAUCUGCAACAACAAGUGGUUCACGGACACGUCCAUCAUCCUCUUCCUCAACAAGAAGGACCUAUUUGAGGAGAAGAUCAAGCACUCCCCCCUGACCAUCUGCUUCCCCGAGUACACAGGUGCCAACAAGUACGACGAGGCUGCCGGCUACAUCCAGUGCCAGUUUGAGGACCUGAACAAGCGGAAGGACACCAAGGAGAUCUACACGCACUUCACCUGUGCCACCGACACCAAGAACGUGCAGUUUGUCUUUGAUGCCGUCACCGACGUCAUCAUCAAAAACAACCUGAAGGACUGCGGGCUCUUCUGAGGGCGGACGCACCGAUGAAGGGAGGACCGUGCCCAGCGAUUCUGCUUCUCCUCUGGUUUCAUCCCCCAACCCUCUAAAGAGACGUUUUGGUGACGGCCGUGGUGGCAGCGGUGGGGAUGCUCCGCCUGCGACGCCUGACCCAGGGCUGUCCCCGCUCGCCCCCGGUGUCCCCCCGCCCCCCUUUGCCUUUUGGGCUGGGGACAGGAGGAUUUCUCUCUCGGUUUGUAACCGGUCGCCAUCUCCCCAGCCUCUCCUUUUUAUUCAGUUCCGUACCGUUUACAUCCAAAACGCCGUGUUUGAAGGGGGGCCGCGGAGCUCCCGGCAUCGCAGGGGCCGGUGAGGGGACCCCCCCCAGGAAACACGACCGAAAACAUUCCUUUUAAUUAAUAACCAGCAAAAAGAAAAA